CCUCCCACGUGUCCCAGCACCUGCAGGGCUGGCGCGGUCGUGGAGUCCGCCUUUCUCCGGAAGAGGCGGCGCGGCCGUGGGUUGGAGCCUGGGACGCAAGGGCCCGGGGCGGGAGCACGUGCGCGGGAAGGCGGCGCGGACCCGAGCGUGUGUGUGUGCGUGCGAGCCGGUCGCUGAGCGCGGGGCUGAGGCUGCGGGGACGUCCCCCGCCGAGCGCGCCAGGCCCCGGCGCUGCAGUACUGCCCGAGUCCGGGCGGGGUCUCUGUUCCCUGGCGGAGCAGCUCGCGCGGCCGCGGGAAGCGCCCUCUCUUUCUCCGCCGCCGCCGCCGCGCGUCUGCGCCCUGCCACCCGCGCCGCGCUCUGAGCUCCCCGCUCCCCGCCGCGCGCCCGGCCCCGCGCCCACUCGCCGCGCGCCCGGUCCUCCGCGCCCCUCUCCGGGCUCCCCGCUUCGCCGGCUCCCCGGCUCCCCGCGUCUACUCGCUCCGCCAUGGCGGACAGCGCGAGCGAGAGCGAUACCGACGCGGCGGGCGGCGGCCCGGCAGCCAUGCAGUCGUCCUGCUCGGCGACCUCGGGCGGCAGCGGCGGGGGCGGCGGCGGGAAGUCGGGGGGCAUUGUCAUCUCGCCGUUCCGCCUGGAGGAGCUCACCAACCGCCUGGCCUCGCUGCAGCAGGAGAACAAGGUGCUGAAGAUCGAGCUGGAGACCUACAAACUCAAGUGCAAGGCGCUGCAGGAGGAGAACCGCGACCUGCGCAAAGCCAGCGUGACCAUCCAAGCGAGGGCUGAGCAGGAAGAAGAAUUCAUCAGUAACACGUUAUUCAAGAAAAUCCAGGCCUUGCAGAAGGAGAAAGAAACGCUCGCCGUGAACUAUGAGAAAGAAGAGGAGUUUCUUACCAACGAGCUCUCUCGGAAGCUGAUGCAGCUGCAGCAUGAGAAGGCGGAGCUGGAGCAGCAUCUGGAGCAGGAGCAGGAGUUUCAGGUCAACAAGCUGAUGAAGAAGAUUAAAAAGCUGGAGAAUGACACCAUCUCCAAGCAACUCACUUUAGAGCAGUUGAGACGGGAGAAGAUUGACCUGGAAAACACGCUGGAGCAAGAACAAGAGGCUCUGGUGAAUCGGCUGUGGAAGAGGAUGGAUAAGCUGGAAGCUGAAAAGAGAAUCCUACAGGAGAAAUUAGACCAGCCUGUGUCCGCCCCACCAUCGCCUAGAGACAUCUCCAUGGAGAUUGAUUCUCCUGAGAACAUGAUGAGGCAUAUCAGGUUUUUAAAGAAUGAAGUGGAACGGCUGAAGAAGCAGCUGCGAGCAGCCCAGUUACAGCAUUCCGAGAAGAUGGCCCAGUACUUGGAGGAGGAGCGGCACAUGAGGGAAGAGAACCUGAGGCUGCAGCGGAAGCUCCAGAGGGAGAUGGAGAGAAGGGAAGCGCUGUGUCGCCAGCUCUCCGAGAGCGAGUCCAGCUUGGAGAUGGAUGACGAAAGGUAUUUUAAUGAGAUGUCAGCACAAGGAUUAAGACCUCGCACUGUGUCCAGCCCAAUCCCUUACACGCCUUCUCCCAGUUCCAGCAGGCCUAUAUCACCCGGCCUUUCGUACGCGAGUCAUACGGUUGGUUUCACACCGCCAACCUCGUUGACCCGCGCCGGGAUGUCUUACUACAACUCUCCAGGCCUCCACGUUCAGCACAUGGGAGCCUCUCACGGUAUCACGAGGCCGUCGCCACGGAGAAGCAGCAGUCCUGAUAAAUUCAAAAGGCCCACGCCUCCUCCAUCUCCCAACACACAGAGCCCAGUCCAGCCACCUCCGCCACCGCCUCCGCCCCCCAUGCAGCCCGCGGUCCCCACGGCAGCCGCCUCCUCGCAGCCUGCCCCGUCCUCGCAGCAGCAUUUGGUGCACCCCUCUUCCCAGCCUUAAUGCAUGAGCUUAGUCAGAAUUUCAAGUCGGGACUUGUCUGAUGGAGCCGCCUUCUCAACGCCAAAGGCUUCCUUCCUGGCAUAUUUGGAUCUGAUGUGUUUGCACUGAGGUUGUCUAGCUGCCCUCCUCGUAGUGUCGUGAAUGUUCGUCGGAAACGCAGCCGGUGUUGUGGGUCUACAACACUAACCAGAUGACUUUCUUUCCAUCGGUGUUUUACUUGAAUCUCCGUGUCCGUCAUUCCCUGGCUGGAACAUUGCUAUCUGGUAUUUGGUCAUAAGAAGCAGUGUGCAAAACCCCACACCCUACGCCCGGCCCCAGGGCUUCUCUUCUUGGCUUUUAGGUCUGUAAAAUAGGAAGGGAAAUCUUGUUUUAGAUUGUUCCUCUGUGAACUUGCAGGAAAUUACUAAGCUGUUAGUAACCCUCGUCCACCAGCUCACAGGGGAGUUUACCAAACUAUCCCAAGAAUUGAGCACUACAAGUUCAGACCUUUGCAAACCUAACUCUGAGUAUAGGAUAGGAAGUGAGAUGGAUCGGUGCCCACAACAUGUCUAGUGUAGAGCUUUCUACAGACACACUUUUUACAGGUUGUUUUUGAUGUAAAUUGUCUCUUGUAAAGCAGCCUACAGAAACAAAUCACACAGCUGUAGCUUCUCCCCCUCGCGCAUGGGGAGAUGCGAUUCCUUUCCUUUCUCCUCCAAGUUAAGCCGCCUAAGCUGGUCCCCUCUGCCGUGAGCGGGUAGAUGCCUUCCCUCUGGUCAUCUUGAUGGGUGACUCCAAUGCUGGCCUACUGCAGGGGCCAUGAGAUUGUAAUAGAGCCGAAAUGGUGACCCCCCCCCCCUCCAUUCUUUUGUGCUGUCCUGAGCCAGGGUGAGCAGGUAUUUCCCAGGUACAAAAUGCUCUUAGGAAAUACUGUAUGAAGUGUAGGUGGCAUCUUAGCGUGAUGGCCAAGGGGCACUUGACAGAGAGGAAGCGUAGCCAGCAAAGGAGCUCAUUGGCCUUGCUGGCAACUCACGGUGCCCAUUAUAAGUUAGCCAGGAGAGCACCAAGGAGGUUCUGAACACGAUUGCCAUUCAUUCAGCACAAAUCACUUGGGGUGGAACACUUGAGUGGCUCUGUUACCACCUUCAUUUCUGUUUGUCAGCCGUUACUUUGUGCGUUCGUAGUCAAGUGCUUUUUUUCCUGCCUGUGUUUGCAUAUUUAUAUAUGCCGUGGAUGAAAAUAACUUACUAGAGAAUGUAUAUUUUAUGAUGAGAAACGUGAAUCUGUUGGAUAUAAUCAGAGAACUGAAAAUUAAUUUAUCAGUCAUUUUUAAGAGUUUAUGUUUGUGACAGCCAUCUCCAAUAGCGACUCCUCACGGAACACACUCCCGAGAACAAGGAAAUACCCUGGUGACAUUGUAGAUACUUAAUAUUGUACAGCCUAGGAACCUCCAUUUUUGCCUUCGAAUGCAUAUUUAAGAGUUAACAGAAUGAAAAAGGCGUUAUGGGAUGACAGUGUUGGAUGGCAUUUUAAGAACUUGAGGACAAGAACCACCGUAGGACCUUUCACCUCUUCUCUUCCACCCCUACACUGAGAAUGUUACCCUCCGACGACCAGGAAGAAACAGUCGGUCUGUGAAAGUUUUAUUUUUAAGGUGUGUGUGUGUGUGUGUGUGUGUGUGUGUGUGUGAGUGUGAGUGAGUGAGAGAGAGUGUGAGUGAUGUACCGGCCAUGGCCAUGGUGCCGUUAUCAGACCCGGGGUGGAGGCUGGUGCUGUCAAGGCGGUAGGUUUUCAAUGUCAGACUAAACCCGGGCAUUUCUCCAGCAACUCCCUGAUCCUCUUGGUACAUGACCAUUCCAGGGAAAUUCUGAGGCUAGGGCAGAAGAAUUCUUCCUUCACGGUACAGUCUUGAGUUUUUUUUUAUUUUAUUUUCCCUGCGAGAGAAAUUUGGUAUGUGUUUACAAGACUUUUCUGGGAUUGUAGAUUUCACACUGCUGGCUCGCGGCUUAUACUCCACCACACAAGUCCGUUCUGUAAAGAUCUCUCCUCCGCUGCCCAUCAGCCUAGUUACCUCCUAGAAGCACAAAAGUGAAGGCUCUGCCGUGCGGCAAGCAGAGCCUCUCAGAGCUAGGUUCUUGGCGUUCAGACUUGUCUUGGACAAUGUCCCACAGAUUCCUCUAGACCCAUUCCUUCCCUCGAAACGUUCCCCUCACAGCACUUUUUAGCAUAAUCCAGUUGCUUCUCCCUGCAGGCAGCAAGACCAACAGAACAAACACUACACCUGAAUUUAGGAUACUUCGUGUUACUUUGGAAGCCGGCAGUGAUAGGAAAGAGAAGGAGCUGCUGAGCCCCCAGAGACAGGAGCCUCCGUACUGCGGGAAACCCAUCCUAGGUUGGUUGGGGCUGGACAUGGCGUUUUGGGGUUCAGUUCCCAUCUCUCACAGGCUGACUCUGGAUUAAAAUCAGUAGCCAUCCUCAGCAGGUGAGAGCAACAGUACCUUCGGUGGCUCCACCUCCUGUCGUGUUGACAGAGACCCUCGGGUACCACUGUGCUGCUAAUAGGUUGAGGGUCUCUUCCCAGAUUCCCUCGCCUUCAUACAGAACCCAGUCCACGCACCCAGCGCCUCUGGGCUCUGACCUGCUUUCUCUUGUCAAGCGUGCUGGCCUUCUAAACAGACUUCUAGACCUUUGGCCAAUGUGGAAGUAUUUAGGAUUUUAUGUAUACGUCUUGGUUGAUUGGAAAGGAGACAGAUGGUGGGUGACCGUGGAAUGAAUGUGUGACCAGAAUGUGGCUUUGACACCUCAUGCUGCUGUGCCUUUGUCAUUGGCUUCUGAUUCGACCAGAUGUAAUUAAUAAUGUGAAUUUUUGUUGAUCCUUCGGCUGUAGGAAAGCAAUGUGUACCCCCCCCCCCCAUUGUUGGGUAGGGUAGACAUGAUCUUGCCCUGUACAAAGCUCUGCUCUUAAAGAUAAACCCAGGAAGACAGGAUAAAGCGUGGCGAUGCGUGCUUCAGAAAGGGUGUUUUUUUAAAAGUGUUGGAGACAGUUUCCUGUGUAACUUUACCUUCUGUCUAGUACUUGUCUCAUAGGAUAACCAAUGCUGACAGCUUGUAGUGAUGACUACCAAAGACAUGUGUAGUAAAGCUUCAAUUUCCAACGAUUAAAGAGCCUGCUGUUGACGCUGUUCCCUGGUUCCUUCUCAGGAGCCAUUGGGAAGGACUAAAAGAGUCUUGGGGGUUUUUUGUUAAGUUUAGGUUUUUUUUUUUUUUUAAUUUUUUGAUAAAAAUGUGUUAGCCUAUCAUUUUGGGGAGCAUUUUCCGGAAUCCUCAGCAGUUGUGAUUACUGGCCACACCCAGGUUGCCUCUCCUUGAGUGAUCAGUGGGAUCCUCUGUGCGUGCUAGCAUGGGUGCUGUGUGUGUGCACGUGUGCGUGUGUGCAUUCAUGCCUUAACUUGGGUUACUGCUCAACUUUGCUGUUCGACUCGGUCCUCAUCAUCAUCAGAUUGUAUUGUGCAUCUUGAUCUGAACUUCAUCCUGGCAAAAAUAAAAAAAAUAAUAAAAAAAAAAGGUUGCAGGCGCCACAGGUUGGAACGCAUAAUGCAUUCCUUCGGAAGACUGUCCAGUCAGAUGCACCCUCAGUUGUUUCCACAGACUUUUAUUUGGGACUUCGUUUGGAAAGACAGCAGACUGUCAAAUGGGAAGAUGUCAGCAAGGAAGAGAGGAGAGCCAGAUGCUAGCAUGUCCUCUGCCUCUGCACACCCAUGUGCUCUGUGUGUUGUUCUGCUAGCCUGUCUACAACUUGACUAGCUUGGAGUUCAGGUAACGGUGGCAAUCCUGACCUUCUCUGUCGGAGUUUAGAGAGACGUAAGAUGUCCAGUUAAUGUCUUAUUUCCUUUAUGUUGAUCAGUCUUUAAUACAUGUGCUGACUCAGAAAACCUAAAUAAAGAUAAUUUUUUUAAAAUGUACCU